UUUGUGAUUUUGACUACGGAUAACUCCGUUUACCUGAACAAGAUAUAGGGCUCACAGCGGGUGUGACUGGUCGACAGGGGAUGCUUACUCCUCCUAGGCACCUGAUCCCGCCUCUGGUGUGUCUAGAGAUGUGGUGGAUUUAUAUUUGGGCUCUUGUAGCAGUAGCUUUAGCCAAACAAAAACCAGUAACAGUUUCUCUGGAUGCCAAGUGGUCCUCCACCCCUUUGUUGCUGGAAGCCAGUGAAUAUAUAGCUGGAGAAAGCAAUGAAAAAUUUUGGGAGUUUGUGGAUGCUGUUUCAGCCCUGACACCAGAGCAAGUGCAGUCAGGCACAUCUCAAUCAAACUACCACUUAAUUCAGAAAUAUGCUGGAAAAGUGUUGUCUUCACUACAUGUGAGGCUGAUGAAGUUCUCCCUGUCUCUGCGUAGCUUCUCACCAGCCAUAGAGAAUUUCCAGGAGAUGUCCAGAGAGGAGACAGUCCCAGAGGAUUGUCAUAUGUAUGUCAGCAUUAAUGGAGAGAAAACAUGUGAUGUCAGCAAGAUUGAUGAUGUCAUCAAAGUUGCAGCAAACAAACCAAAGUCUUCUAUCUACAAGUUUGAUCAUAUCUACCCAAGAGCUGGGAAUAAGAACAUUGUUGCUGUUUUGUAUGGAGAACUUGGAAAGCCUGGCUUUACGGAAUUACACGAGAAAUUGAAAUCUUUGUCCAAACAAAAAGAAGUGACAUAUUUAUUGAGACAUUUUGUGAAGAAUCCCUCCGAUAAAAAGACUCGUCUAUCUGGGUAUGGGGUGGAGUUGGCCAUCAAAAGCACUGAGUACAAAGCAAAGGACGACACCAAAAUAGAAGGUGAUGGAGCCAGUACAGAGGAAGAUGACAAACUAGAUGAUGAAAUCCAAGGAUUUGAUUUUGCCAAACUGAAGGAACUGUAUCCUGACCAGAGAGACGAAUUGAAGAAAUUGAGAAGUCAUCUAAUUGCCUCUUCAUCAGAAUUGGCAGCACUCAAAGUCUGGGAACUACAAGAUUUGAGUUACCAAACUGCUCAGAAGGUGUUGAGUGCAGACAGAGAUGAGCAGAUCCGAGUUCUGCAGGAUCUCAGUCAGAACUUUCCCUCCAGGACUAGGUCUUUGGUGAAAGUUGGUGUGAAGAGUGAUGUCAGAAAUGAAAUGAACCAGAACAAGAAGAUAUUUGAAAGCUCCUUAAGUUUAGGAGCAGGAGAGUCGGCCAUGUUUUUGAAUGGUAUUCCGGUGGAGAUGGAAGUCUACGACAUCUACACACUGCUAGAUUUAAUGAAAUCAGAGGCCAGGCUAAUGGAGGGACUGUUCUCAAUGGGCUUCAAGGGAACAGAAUUGGAGAAAUUCAUGCGGCUGGACUUGGGAGGUGAUUCUAAGGAGUUUGCUCUGGACAUUAGACAUACAGCGAUACAGUUUUUGAAUGACCUUGAGAGUGACAAGAAGUACCAGAAUUGGCCAAACAGCAUACAGGACAUUCUGCGGCCCACCUUCCCAGGAAUGCUACGUCACGUGGCCAAAAACUUUUUCCAUCUGGUAUAUUUUGUGGAUCCUGCUAAACAAACAGACAUAGAACUCAUCAAAAUGGCUGAAGCAUUCCUUGUUCAUAGUGCUCCAAUCAGAUUGAGUAUUGUAUUUAUCGUGAACUUUGACCUGGAAGCAGAUCCUCUAGAAGAUGUUGGCAUAGCGAUCUCCAGAGCAUUCGAUUACAUCAGACAAGAAAAUGACUUUCCUAAAGCCCUUUCAUUUGUCACAGAUGUGUAUGAAAAGACCAAGGGAGAAGAAAUCACAGCUAAGGUUGUGCUAAAGGAGUUUAAGAAGAAAUACUCCGAUGCUGAUGUGAAUGAAGUGUUUGGCAAAGAUUACGAUGAUUACAACAUUCUUAGACGAGCAGCAAAAGACUACGUUGAGAAGUCGGGGUUGGGAGAUUUCCCCCAGGUUCUGUUGAAUGGAGUCCCCUUAAAGAAAUCAUACCUUACGGAGGACACAUUCGAAGAGGGCGUGGUCUCUCAAAUCAUGGCACAGACACCAGACAUCCAAAAAGCAGUCUACCAGGGAAAUCUCCAUGAUUACAUGAAUAUACUGGAAUACCUUAUGGAGAAGGAACACAUUCUGCCUCGCAUGAAUUCCAGAGUUCUCUCCCCUCCCAAGAAAUCCUUAGACUUCUCCACAGUUAUAGAUGAUAGUCUGAGUUUAGACAGUAUAUAUCAGAAGAGCUCAGGGGAGAUAACUGCCAUCAUGGCUCGAGAUAUGAAGUAUCUCACAAGGAAAGAUGAAGACAGUUUACACCCAGUCACCGUAUGGGUGGUGUGUGAUGUGGAAACUCCUCAAGGGAGAGAACUGCUUUACUCUGCCAUCAGACAACUGAAACAUUCCUAUGAGAUGAGACUGGGUAUCAUCUUUAACCAUGACUCUGUGCUCAGUAGUGACCUCUUUAUCUCGAAGGCCGUCUACACAGCUCUCAACACCCUGGAGAACAACCAUGCCAAGAGUCUCGUCACCAAACUCAUCAAGGAAGAAAACGUGGCGGACCUCAAAUCUGGAGUCAAGAAAUUAGAGGAUUUAGAAGUCCAUGGAAUGGAUAUGAAUGGCUAUAUGAAAGCUCUAGAAAAGCAAACGACAGACUUUCUGAAUCACCAUGCUUCUUUCAUAAGAACUGUGCUUGGCUGGGGUGAGGGUGACAGAGGGCUUAUUGCAAAUGGAAAGGUGUGUGGUCCUUUGGAUGAAAAUGAGCGUUUCAUGACAGAAGAUGUAGACUUGCUGUCGAAGGUGGAAUACCAGAAUGUGGCGAGGGGCAUCAAGACACAGAUGAUGAUGAUGGGCAUCAAUGGAAACCGAGGAAGUGACUUGGUCAUGAAGAUAUCUUCACUGUUGUCGUCUAAAACUGCCUCCACAGAGAGGAAGGAGAUAACGGGACUCAAGGACCAGCACAGUGCAAUAAAGUUACCUGCAAGUCCAGACUCCCCAGCAUACCAGAUAGAGGUUGUCCUUGACCCAGUCUCACAGGAAGCUCAGAAAAUUGCACCCAUGAUAAAGGUGCUGAGAGAUGUAGUCAAUGUUGAUGUGAAGAUCUACAUGAAUUGUCGAGACAAGAUCUCCGAACUGCCUGUCAAAAAUUACUAUCGCUAUGUGCUGGAACCUGACCUGGACUUCAAGCCUGAUGGAAGUUUGACCACUGGACCAGUGGCUAAAUUUACAGACCUUCCUCAGAAAUCGAUCCUAACCCUGGGGGUCAAUCCUCCAGAGAGCUGGCUUGUUGAGUCAGUGAAGGCUGCCCAUGAUCUGGACAAUUUGUUAAUGGAGGAGGUGGAGAGCGGAGUGAAUGCUGAAUUUGCCCUGGAAUACAUUUUAAUGGAAGGUCAUUGUUCGGACAUUACUUCGGGUCAGCCGCCUCGCGGUCUGCAGUUUACGCUGGGCACUAAUAUAUCUAAACCACUGGUGGACACCAUUGUUAUGGCGAAUCUGGGCUACUUCCAGCUGAAAGCUAACCCGGGAGUGUGGUUCCUGAACCUUAGAGAGGGCCGGUCAAGAGACAUUUACAACAUUGCAGGGCAUGAGUUGACAGAUACUCCUGAAGGAUCGGAUGAUGUGGUGGUGUCUAUGAAUAGCUUCAAGAGUAAAAUUAUUCGGGUCAAGGUGGAGAAAAAGAAGGAUAAAAUGAUGGAACAACUGUUGAAGGAUGAAGAUGAUGACAAGAGUAUUUGGGAUUCCAUAUCGAGUUCAUUUAAACCAAAAGAAGAAACAGAAGAAAAAAUUUUGAACAUUUUCUCCCUAGCCUCAGGCCACAUGUAUGAAAGACUUAUGAGAAUCAUGAUGUUGAGUGUGUUAAAGCACACAGAGUCCAAAGUGAAAUUUUGGUUUUUAAAGAAUUAUUUAUCACCCUCUUUUAAGGAUUUUAUACCAAAAAUGGCCAAAGAGUACGGCUUUGAGUAUGAGCUUGUGCAGUAUAAAUGGCCCAGGUGGUUAAAUCAGCAGAAAGAGAAACAGAGAGUGAUGUGGGGAUAUAAAAUCCUGUUCUUGGAUGUGUUAUUUCCCUUGGGUGUUAAGAAGUUCAUAUUUGUGGAUGCUGAUCAGGUUGUCAGGACAGAUUUACAAGAGUUGAAUGACCUUGACCUUCAGGGUGCCCCCUAUGGAUACACACCAUUUUGUUCUAGCAGGAAAGAAAUGGAUGGAUUCAGAUUUUGGAAAUCUGGUUAUUGGGCUAGUCAUUUAGCUGGAAGAGAGUAUCACAUCAGUGCUUUGUAUGUCGUGGAUCUCAAAAAGUUCCGACGUAUUGCGGCUGGGGACCGUCUCAGAGGUCAGUACCAGGGACUAUCCCAGGAUCCAAACAGUUUGUCAAACUUGGACCAGGAUCUGCCAAACAAUAUGAUACACCAGGUGUCCAUCAAAUCACUACCGCAGGACUGGUUGUGGUGCGAGACGUGGUGCAGCGACGAGUCGAAAAAAACAGCCAAAACUAUAGAUCUGUGCAAUAAUCCUUUAACAAAGGAACCCAAGCUGAAAGCAGCGUUGCGUAUAUUGCCUGAGUGGAAAGAAUACGAUUACGAAGUAAAAGUACUGUGGGACAAAGUAUAUAAGACGAACACACGAAUCCAAGUAGAGUACGAGCCGCCCAAUAUAGAUGAAGCAAAAAUAGGUAAGGUUUUCACCUCAAGGUCAUUCCUCGUCACCAUGGUUUCACUACCAUAUGUACUUAAUAGUUUGGACAGAUGUAUAAACCAACAACCUUGAAAAUUUGAGUUAUAAGGUACACUCGAAAAAAAACAAAGUUAAGAACAUUAGAAAUCAGAUAAUUUAAACAGUAUUUUAUUAUGAAUAGCAUAAUAAGGAUUAGGCAGCAAACAAUGCCUACACUAUUGCCUUAAUUAUUGAUUAGAAAGGAGAUCAUUAAAUGAAUGUUUUACAGAUUAUAAUUUUGCGCUCCUUUUGGUUAAAUUAACUGAAAUUAUCUAAAAUCAAAUAAACUACUGUAGGAACUUAAUUUGCUAGAAAAUAACGAAUGAAUGGUACAAAAUAGGAAAGUUUUCCUUUUAAAAACCAGGUGUACAUAAACAUAAUUCAUUUUAAAACCAUACCGCCAAAUUAACACAUACAAUAAUUGUUCAAACAGCAUAUAAAUCACACAAGAAUUGUACAUGUACAUACUUACUGUACAAGUUACAAUGACUUAAAGAUCUGUUCAAAUUAUACAGAGAAGUAGUCGAUAGAAUUAUAUGUCUGUACAAGUUACGACUUAAAGAUCUGUCCAAAUUAUACAGAUUCAGGUUCACCAAAUAAAGUGAGAAAAACCUGUACUUUGAAUUGAUUAGAUAAUACUGUAAUUUUAUUCCAUCUUUUUACCAGUAACUUUCUGUUCACUUGUGUUUUGUUGUAACUGAGUGAAAGUGUUGUAGACUGGCAAUCUACAGUUUUAGAUCAUAUGUUGAGUCCUUCAGGGGGUUUAAUAAUAAUUACUGCUUUAUUUUGGUAUACAAGGCAAACUUUUCAUUUCUCAAAACCAGUGCUUUGUGACAUUUAUCCUGUAGUUUUUAUUUAUAACAAUUUUUAAAAAUUGGUUAUACAUAUACAUGUACCUCCUUAGAAGCAAAAGGAGAGGAUUGUGAAAAGAUAUGUGACAUCUCCACAAGUCAAGGGCUAUUGAUUUGUUACCUCGUACUUUAAUUAAUAGAGAAGAUUGUGAAAAGAUACGCGAUAUCUCCACAAGUCAAGGGCUAUUGAUUCGUUACCUCGUACUUAGUGUUAAGAUGAAAUAUGGAUAUCACAAAAUCUAGAAUAUUUCUGAUUACACAUCAUUUACUGGUUAAAUACUGAUUGAAUGUUCUCUAUAUAUUAACUAUGUAUUUGUCUUGGAUAUGGAAUAUAUUUCUAUUUACCUUUAAGAGGCUAAUACCUGUAAGAUAAGGUAAUAUUUUCUCAGUAUCUCCCAAUAAUUAAUCAAUUUUAUUUCUUUUGUUUCAGGAUCCAAAUUGCAUUUACAUGAUGAAUUAUAGCAAUGGUACAGCACCUAGUGAUAUUUAAUGUCGAAGUUCCUCAUUUCAUAAGGACCAAAAUUGACAUAACUUACGAACCAUCAGCCAUUAAUUCUUGUAAUGAUCUAUUGAUUUUGGAUAUGUUUAUAUCAUUUAAAGAUCAUUAUUUACCAUUAACGAAUGGAGAAUUUUACAUUCAUAGUAAAGGAUCAAUAAUUCCUGUUCCACAAAAACUCUUGAGGUAAUUAAGUGACAAUAGUGUUAGAUAAAGAGUUUUACCUUCAAUACCAGUAAUUUAAAAAAGAAUAAUCUUGAUAUGCUGAAUUUUCAAACUACAGUGAAUGUUCUACCUUUUUCUUUGGUGAUUGUGAUGUAUAGACAUGUAUCUGGAAGAUUGCAGUGAGGUGUGCGAGGAAAGUAUGAGCAAGUGUAGUUAAAGUGAAUUUUUAGUGCAAUUUCCAUUUAAGUAAUGCGUGAAUGAGUUAAUAUGAUGAACUUGAGAAAUAUACAUCUGAUGUCAAUUUCCAGCAUCAUGUGACUGCACAUGUUUGUUGUUAUAUUUUGUGUAGUGUUUUGUUAAAAUACAUUGCCACUUGCAACAAAAACUAUUAAAGAUUGUGAAAUGGGUGUAGACGGUAGAUAUAGGGAAAUAAAAUAUAAUUAUAUAUCAUAUACUUAUAGAAAAUAUACUGUUUUGUGCCCUAUUUGUUUUAAGCAAAAAAUAUUGAAAAGUGUGUUGCCUGGUUUUGAUAAAGAAUUUUAUACACCCUUUUCCGGCAACAUUUUAUAAUACACAUCUUUCAAAUUUUCAUUGUUGUAGGUGUUGUGAAGUUAAUCUUUUACGCAAUAACAUAAUGUUAUGAUGUCACAAUCAGUAUAAUUCCUAAAUAUUGUCACCAAAACUACAAGGGCAGGCCUGUUUGUAUGUUCAAGGGGGCUUCAUUGCAUUAGAAGAAAUGUUACCAUUAUUUUCAAAUGAAAUUGAUAUUUAUUUAUUUUUUAGUUUUUUUUUUGUUAUUUCUUCAUUUAUUUCAAACAAUAUAUUGAAUUAAUGAAAUAUAUAGUAUAUUGUAUUUAUACUGUAGAUACCUAAAUACACGCGAGGAAUUUAUUAUCGCGUAAUUUUGCAAGAAACAUCACUCGCAAAAAAAGCUAUCUCACUUUUAUUUUUAUGUUGCUAGGAUACAUGCAAAAACACUUGGAUCAACAGAGCACUCGCGAAUUUAUUUUUUCACUAUUUGACGUCCAUGAGUGAUUUCGUGAUAAUAAGUACUCGCGUAAAAUAAGCAAGCUACAGUAUGUUUUCUCUAAGCAUAAGAUAUAAAAAUGAUGACAUGGCAUUUUUAUAUGGGAUCUUAUAUCAGCCCUCAGUCACUCUUUAUCAGCCCUCGGUCAUUUCAUAUCAGCCCUUGGUCACUUAUGUCAGCCCUCGGCCACUUUAUAUCAGCUCUCAGUCAUUUUACAUCAGCCCUCUGUCACUUUAUAUCGACCCUUGGUCACUUUAUAUUGGCCAUUGGACCUUACAGUUCUCAGGAUAAUCAAAAAUGGCCAACGGCUGAUAUAAGAUGCAAUAUAGAAAUUGCCAUGUGAUAAUUUAUAUGUGGUGUAUUCGGUGCUUUGCAAAUUGUGACUUAAUUGUUUUGUUGCAUGGGGUGCUAGUGCUGUUAGUUGACUUGUUGGAGGGGUAACUAUAACAUAAAUGUAACAUAUUUUGGGGGCUUUUUUUGGGAUGUAUCAUUAUGUGGAAAUGAUAGUGUGUCCCACAUUAUAGCUGAAUGCCAUAUGUAUGUAGAAAAAGACUGUUACAUAUUUAUUGCCAAAACAAUCUUAAUAUUUCAUAUUACUUGAAUGCUUUUACAGAAUUUUCCGCAGUAUGUUUGAAACAGGUACAAGUUUCUGAAUUCUGCAUGAAAUUUUAGGUCAUAUACAUUUGAAAUCACAACUAAUUUCUCACUAAUGUUUACUUUUCUAGAGAACUGUAAAUUAUAAUUGAUUUUUUUUUAUUAUUCAUUUUAUGAUGUAAAUUUAUUUGCAAUGACUUAUUCCUGCUUAUCAUAGUAACAACUGCAGGAUGAUAGAUGCAAGAUUUGUAAGAUUAAUUUAAUUGCUGAAAUACUUCACACAUUGGAAUAUAUGCAUAUUUCCUGAAAAUACAGUAACAAGUAUUCUCCUUUUCAUGAUUAUUUGAAACUUCUCGCCAGUCAAAAGUCGUUGCAUACUCUCUAAAUAAUGCCAAGUUUUCUUCCUUACUAGGACCUGCUUUAUCAGCAAUGGAUAUUAAUAUUAUUCAUUCUGGUAAAUUGUGCGCUGGUACACUGCAGACGGCGUUUUGGACAUUAUAAGUUUGACUACAGUAUAACAUGUUUACAACAAACACUCUUAUAAUGAAUUCACACUUACAGCGAAGUCAUUUUCAUUCCCUGUAGUUAUAAAACAUAUUAUGAACCUAUUGGAUGUAACAAAUUAUGUCUAUAAUGAGACAGAUUUGUUUGUCCCUAGCACUUCGCUAUAGUCAUGUUUUACUGUAUAACAGUAAGACCACACGUGGCUCAUUUGAUGAUGGUAUGAAAGAGCAGGUUUUUGUAUGUUGACUGUCAAUAAAUUUAUUUUGUAUAAAACC